AUGGGGCUGCGCGUGGAGGUGCGCGGCUGCGUCUGGAGGUGCUGCUCCCUAGUCUGGGCCGUGACUGAGGGUGAAGGCCGAGUCUCACGCGUUUUUGUAGCCCCCACCAGACUGCGCAGGUGGCCGGCCCUCACUGAAUGCGGGGUUAAUUUAACUCGGGCUCUGUGUGAGUGGAUGAUUCAGGUUGCCAGAGACAGAACCCUCAGCUUAGCAUGGGAGGUAGCUCCCCUCUUGACCCUGAGUUCAUCUGAGGUUGACUUGGAAGGUGUGGGCACCAUUUGGCCCAGUUCUUACAGCUCUGAAGAGAGCAUCAGGAAUGGGGCUGAGCAGCCAAGACAGCUUUCCAUCCAGAACUGUCCCUCCCACUCUGUGACUGCCCUGCCUGUGCCCAUGAGGGGUGAGAGUCAGGCGACCUCAUGCCAAGUAUAGAAAGGGGCACGGCCGGGCGCGGUGGCUCAAGCCUGUAAUCCCAGCACUUUGGGAGGCCGAGACGGGCGGAUCACGAGGUCAGGAGAUCGAGACCAUCCUGGCGAACAUGGUGAAACCCCGUCUCUACUAAA